AAGAUUCCUGGUGUGGACGCGCCUUAAAGUUGUAUUGCACCGUAACACUGUGAGCUACAAUAACCCCUUAAAUGUUAUGUUACACAAGCACUCGCCGCCUCAGAUUCUAUUGAUGAUAUAAUCUUGUACUUGUGGUGAUGUGUUUGUGUUAUGUAACACUUGAGUUAACAGCCUUACACCCUAAUGUAACACUAACACUACGUUAUAUAACGUAUGAAUGACGCCCGGAAGCGUGUGAAACAACUUACGGAGUUUAUCAAAAGAGGAGUAACAAGGUAUCUCUGAAAGAAUAUUUCCUUACUAUUACUAUUAAUGAUCUCGUUCUCAGCCCGUGUUGUGUUUUCGUCUCCUUGGCGCGUUACCAUGACUUUAGGUGCGCGGCCCGCCACCAGGACACCCGUCAACCUGCAGUCGCCCUCACGGAGCUUCAGAUAGCCCAGCCAGCCCCGCGGGACCCGAAAUUGGGACGUUGGGUUACAAACUUUCUCGAUCGCGAUAACUUGAAAGGAGACGCAUUUUGACCUAGGUCGUGAAAACGGUGGAAACUCAUCCAUAAAGCCAUCGUAGCCUACACACAAGGAAGGAAGCGAUAUCUCAACGUUUCUCUUGAGUUUACAGUUUCUCAGUUAGCAGCAGUUCCAUACUCGUGUGGAGCCAACCACCCACCUCGGCCGUGAACAAACGAGAGUGAGAGUGUGGACAACAGGAGGAUUUAAGGAAACACAAAGGCGUGAGGUCUGGCUGAAUACGUAUAUAAAGUCUAAACCAUUUCUCAGUCCCCGACAGCUCCACGUUCAUGACCAGCUAUCCAUCCACGUCAGCCUUGAACAUACGAGUGUGAGAGAGGGGACAGCAUCAGGAGAAGGAAGCACGGGACUGAGGUCUGGCUGAACGCAUUUGCCAAACCAACCCUUUCUCAACCCCUCGACAGUUCCGCGCUUCUGACCAGCCAUCCGCCAACGUCAGCCCUGAACAAACGAGUGUGAGAGGGUGAGCAGCGGAAGGAAUCAAGGAAGGAGAGGAGGAGAUGCUGUAGCAAUGCCCAAAAUGGCUCAUCUAACCUCGAUCGUGGGUGUCUGUUGUCUCCUAGUUGCCUACCUCGCAUCUCCCGGCGCUGUACAGCAAGUACCAACAGACCCCGCCAAUGUGAUCAACACCACGAAUAGCACUGCACCUGCUGUUGACACCACUACACCUGCUGUUGACACCACUACACCUGCUGUUGACACCACUACACCUACGGCUGCAGCUGACACUACUACUGGUGCAACGACUACUACUGACACAACAACUGAAACUGAUACAACAACUACCACUGAUACAACGACUACCACUGAUACAACUACCACUACUGAUACAACAACUGAAACUGGUACAACAACUACCACUGAUACAACGACUACCACUGAUACAACGACUACCACUGAUACGACCACUGCAGCAGCUGAUGACACAACGACCACUACAACAGCUGAUGACACAACGACCACUACAAUAGCUGAUGACACAACGACCACUACAACAGCUGAUGACACAACGACCACUACAACAGCAGACGACUCCACCACAACUUCAGCAGCUGAUGACACUACAACUACUGACACCACCACAUUUUCAACCACAGACAACACUCAGACCACUACAGAGGGGAAUACCACCACCACAACCGCUGCAGAUGCUGGUAACUCAACUACCACUGAUCAGAACAUUACCACCCCCACGGUUAACGAUUCCAUGAGUACUACAGCUGCAGGCAAUGCUUCGGCAGGAGCUGAUGAUACAACGACUACUACUGAUACAACUACCACAACUGAUACAACAUCUGAAACUGAUACAACUACCACUGAUACAACGACUACUACUGAUACAACAACUACCACCGAUACACCAACUACCACUACUGAUACACCAACUACUACUGAUACAACUACCACUGAUACAACGGCUACUACUGGUGCAGGAGGAGCAGCUGAUGAUACAACAACUACUACUGAUACAACUACCACAACUGAUACAACAACUGAAACUGAUACAACUACCACUGAUACAACGACUACUACUGAUACAACAACUACCACCGAUACACCAACUACCACUACUGAUACAACGACUACUACUGAUACAACAACUACCACUACUGGUACAACGACUACUACUGGUGCAGGAGCAGGAGGGACGAGCACGAGAAGCGGCGGCGGCAACGGAACUACCGCAGGCGGCGCCUCAACCACCACCCGGCCGCAGGGGGACGAGGAGGACAUCACGCGAGGAGACACGCCGGAGAUAACGAGCGAGAAGAAUGACGCGUACCAGCGUUCCAUGGACCACUUCAUGAAGAGAUUCGUGGGAGUGACCGUGCCAUGCUUCGGCGGAGUCUUGGCAGUCAUCCUCCUCAUCAUGUGUAUAACAAGAGCUGGUGCUUAGAGAUCAUCCACCGACCCCUUCCUCGCCCCUGCACCCCUUCUCCCCAAGCUGUUCUCCAAUUAAUCCUUCGCCUCGCAUCACCCCGCCUCACUCCCCCCGCUGUGGAAGGAUAUGCAUACUCCUCCGACACACGAGGAUUAAGUACUCAAGUGCUGCUCCUUAAAAAAAAAAAAAAAAAAAAAAAAAGAUAAACAGCGCAGUCUUACCUCUUCCCUUUCACCCUCAAUCCGCUUUACUGCAUCCCGAUCCUACCUCUUUACCCCUUCGCCUUACUUCACCCCGCGUCACCUUUCCAUAUACUGUUAUGAUUAUUACACCACUCAAGUCAUCCCGAAUACAUGGCGAAUAUGAAUAAAAAUUUCUCCGUAUUUCACCUCCCACAGGUUAAUGUUCGGGACUGGAUUCCCCAAUAGUUAUUUUUCGCCUCAUACACCAGCCAGAAUGGUCGCGUGGCCUGGACACCCCAUCCUGCCAACCAGAGACUGGCGAUAGGCGUACUUUCAUUUCGAUACGAUACCAAUUGUUUUCUGUCAAAGUAUCGGUAGAUCGAGAACCGACAAAGAGUAAUCAGCUUCAAGUAAUCGAUGUUAUGAGUAUUUUACAGAUAAAUGUAGUACAAAGGAACAAUAAUCAUACUCACCUAUGAGUACCCUUAAAAAUUAUGUAUUAAAUUUAGCCAAAUUAUUGUCAACGGGAGGCACAUUAUUGUAGCAGAAACCACCUAUUCUCUUCCCCCUCCUUAUCACAUCCUCCUCCCUUACACACACACACACACACACACACACACACACACACACACGCACAUACACACACACACACACAGGGAGUUGUCACACGCUCUUGGGGAAAUUAAUAAACACGUUUUCAGUAUCGAUAAUGUCAAGUACAGAAAUAUAUCACCAGUAUCGAUAUUUUGGUACCGAUACGCCAACACUUGUGUGUGUGUGUGUGUGUGUGUGUGUGUGUGUGUGUGUGUGUAUACAUACAUACAUAUUACAUAUAAACAUAAAUACAUACAUACAUAAAUAUGAAGGAAACGGAGUCACUGAUGGUGAUGAAUAGUUCUUUAUUUAUCUAUCCAUUUGUUGUUGUUGUUUUUGUUUUUAUCAUUAGUCAUACUUAUUAUAUAUGUCCGUCUGCCCAUCUAUCCAUCUAUCGGACUGUCAAUCUAUUCUUACUAUUACAACUACUACUACUGCUACUACUACAACUACUACUACUACUACUACUACCUUAGGCGAAUCUAGUCAGGAAUAGACUCACCUCAUUACAACCGUGUUUCUUUCCUUCUCCUUCCCCAACUUGUCGAAAUUGUCCCAACAUCAUCAUUAUUGUCAUAUUACUGACAUAGAUUACGAAUUGUCACCACCAUUAAUUAACCACCACAGUUGGAUGACAAUGUAACGAAGAAGAAAGGAAAAUUAGAGAGAAGAAGAAGAAGAAGUGUUAAGUGUUGGAAAAUCACGACUGUUCUUUUACUUUGGACCAACACCGAAAGACUGUCUGUCACCUUAACUUGUCUUUAUUUAUCGUGAUCACAGUGUGUUUGAAGAAAAAAAAUAGUAAUAGCAAGUUCGUAUAUUUUGUGAUUGAUUAUAACCGUGUGCAUCGUCGAACAGAGAAGAAAUAUAUAUAAAUAAAACGAAAAAAACAGCUGGUUGCGUGUCCCUUCCUUUCCUUACAUUACACACACACACACACAUAUUGAUGCCUCAGAACACAAAAGUUUGGAUGUGAAGGUUUAGAUGAAAAAGAAAAGGUGAUAGGAACAGCCGACAACCAGCCUGUGUGCAGCAUGAGGGUAAUCUACUAAUCUUCCGCCACUCGGCAAUGGUUUGAAAAAUC